UUAUCUUAACUCAAAUUUGUAAUCUUUUAGUCAUCAGUAUUUUUCUUAUUUAUGGUAAUAUUCUCAGAAGCUUGGUUUGAACGAUCAUCGCAGAUUCAUAACUUAUUAAAAAUUGUAAAAUUUUGAAAAAUGGCAGCAAAGUACAUCGUAGGAUCUAUUGUGGGAACCUUUGGGCUUGCUUAUGUUUUUGACACUACUAUAUCUGACAAAAAGAUAUUUGGAGGUAGUACUCCUGGUACUGUUUCAAACAAAAAAUGGUGGGAAGAAACUGACAAUAAGUUCCAGGCUUGGCCACGCACUGCAGGACCUCCGGUUGUGAUGAACCCCAUUAGUCGCCAGAAUUUCAUUGUCAAAUCAACCUCAGGGUAGUGAAAUGUUUUGUCCUGGACUCAUAACUUGAGCUGUUAUUGUUUCUGGUUUGGUGGAAGAUGAAUUAAACUUCCGCAGGCGUUUUUAUUCACAGAAUUCCUUUCAGUUACUGGUCUUUUGCAUUUGAAAUAAGAAUUGCGCACUUAUUCGAAAUGAAAUAUAUAUUUUACCGAUUGCGAGA